CACACUGUACCUGGACCGCCAUGUCGUCGGACAGGUAGAGAGAGAGAGAGAUAAUACGAGUGGCAGUCGGUCUCAACAGCUGAUGGAACAAUCUGAAGUCGGUGUUGUUAAGAAACAGCAGGUAUAACGACCGAUCAGAUCUCACAAGCGUGUGUUGAAUCAUUGAUGGUGUCACCGGACGUGAAUCAAUCCUAAUGUUUUAUGGAAUUACGAACUGUUAUAAUUGAAGGAAGGUACUUACACAGAAGUAUAACUGGCCUCGUUCUUGAACAUAAGUAGGUUGGAAGAAAACUCGCUCAACAACCUUUACUACAAGGGAAGGAGGGACACGAGAAUGUUGUAUAAGCUCACCCUAGCAGUACCUCUGCUGGGUCUUGCUGUAAUCUCUUCAUGGUUACUACAAAAUGUGGAAGCUCAUGGACGGCUUAUUGAACCCCCAUCUAGAGCCACUAUGUGGAGAUAUGGUUUCAGUACGCCUCCAAAUUAUAAUGACCAUGAGCUGUACUGUGGAGGGUUCACGCGGCAGUGGCAAAGAAAUGGAGGAAAAUGUGGUAUAUGUGGAGAUGCCUGGGACAUGCCAGUGCCUCGACCACAUGAAGCGGGUGGUAAAUAUGCUCAGGGUAUAACUGUACGACGUUACAAAAAAGAUUCGACCGUCACGAUUAGAGUUGAACUCACAGCAAAUCACCGUGGUUACUUUGAGUUUAGACUUUGUCCCAACAAUGCACCGAAACAUGCUGGAACACAAGCUUGUCUUGACAAGUACGUUCUGAGGCGAGCGAAAUUUACUGGGGUAUCAGAUGAGCAGAAUCAUGAGACUCGAUAUUAUCCUGCUACAGGAAACAAGGUGUUUGAGACACGUUACCUUUUACCACCUGGCCUAACCUGUACUCAGUGCAUCUUGCAAUGGAGAUAUAUUGCUGGCAACAAUUGGGGAACUUGUGAAAAUGGCACCGGAGCCGUAGGCUGUGGUCCUCAGGAGGAAUUUCGAGCAUGUGCCGAUGUUGAAAUAGUCGACUCUUCCGGCUCAGCCGAUGAGACACCAUUCUACAAUGAGAUCCCGACACAGGAAGAAAACAAGAACAAGGAAGAGACAUCAACACCUGCAGGAGAGAUGCCUGUGCCUGUAUCAACAACAGGCUGGUGGCUGAUAAUAAUGACUGUAGCUUGUGCACUCGUAGCAGCAGCCACAACAUUGGCACUGUUAUACUUGUAUUAUUAUCAUGCUAGUGACACAGUCAAACGCUGGCUUGGGAGUGAACGAUUUCAGAAACAAGCACUUCAAAAACAGCAGCCAGUACCUCCACCAAGGCUAAAGAAACAGCAAAGCAGCAAUAUCAAUCCAGAUGUUUAAAAACAAAAGACUCUAGGAGGGAGCUCUUUAUCUCUGAUCACAGAAAUUUUGUGAUCAGCAAGUACUCCAUUUUUAGUGGUAAGGUAUAGUUGAUGGCAAACUCAGACCACACACAAUUAUAAUUUUAGACAAUAUCCUGGUUUUCUAUGUAGGUCUUCUGAGUUGUGAAACUGUGUAGACUUACAGGCAGAUACCGACAUUUCAGAGGAGCAUACUGUCCUGAAAAUAUGGGAUGUUACUCUCAAAUGUUAGUAUCUAUCUCACGAGUCCAAGUGGCAUGAUAACACUGAAGACCUACAACAACAUCUACACUGUCAUGAGAAACUCAAAUCACAUACUGGUGUUCUGUUCAAAAAAACCAGCAUCUGUGUGUUCUUGAUGUAUAUGCCUGUUAAGAAAGCAGCCACACUUAUGGAGUCAUAUUCUGAGAACUGUGCAGUCAUUAAAAUACCAGUAUGACAUAUAUCUGAAAUCCAUAAUGAUAAAAUGCUUUAGAACUGGUAAUUUCAAAUAACACUACCAAUAUAAGUAGUAUAUGAAAUACUAUACUAAGGUUUAGUUUGUACAUUUCAAAAUUGUUUUCAAAAAUGAUAAAUGAAAUUAAUGUAUUUUAAUUUUCAAUGAAAAUGUGUUUCAAUAUGACUUUUAUGAAGAAGUCUGUGUACAUCAAAUAGCUUUUAUCUCUAACAUAUAUAAAUUAUUGUGUUCAAAAUAUUCCAGCUUGAAGUACUUAUUUUAUUCCAUUAAACUUACACUCCACAA